AAUCGCUUUCGUCCUUUAGCUUCUUCCCAUUAUUCGGAGUCGGAGAGACACCUUAUCUUUCUUCAUCCCUCAGCCAUAACACCAACACACCACACCAAUUACUCUGCCCUAUCAUCUUAUACAUUACUACUAUUUUUUACUAUAACUUCAAUAAAUUCAAAGAAGAUAUUUUUCUUCCUAAUAAUAUACCAAUUCAUUUCAAAGAGUGAUGGAUUCUCCACAAAAAAAAAAAUCAAGUUUUGAAGAAAGAAAUCUUCACUCACUAUGCUCCUCUGCUGCAAUAGUACGGUAAAAUGAAUCACUGUGUUCCAGAUUUCGAAACCCAAAUGGACGACGACUUAGAAUUCUCAAUUCCCGUCUCAAAGAAACCCUCCACGCAAAACGACGAGAUCAUGGAACUGUUAUGGCAAAACGGCCAGGUCGUGAUGCAAAGCCAGAACCAACGACCCUUCAGAAAGCCGCCGCAGCCGCCGGAGGCCAACGGCGGCGACGGCGCCAUUUCGGCGAGGGAGAUUCGAUCAUCUGAAGCAGAAAACUACAAUAAUAGCCAACACUUGUUCAUGCAAGAAGACGAAAUGGCGGCGUGGCUGCACUAUCCAAUCCACGAAGAUCCUCCACCCUUCGAUCACCACGAUUUCGGCGCCGACAUCUUCUACCCGCCGCCAAACGCCACCGCGAGCCAGAAUCGCGGCAGCGCCGCCGUGCAGUCCUCCUUUCGCACGACAGAGCUCUGGCAUCCGGCUCCUCGACCUCCGAUUCCGCCGCCGAGGCGGCCGGAGCAUGCGCCGAGCAGGAUACACAAUUUCGCGCACUUCACGAAGCACGGCAAUGCGUCGUCGAGCUCGAAGGCGGCCGCGGCGGCGCAGCCGACGGUGGUGGAUUCUUGCGAAACGCCGGUCGCGACGGCGGAGCACGCGGAAACCGGCCGCGCCAGAGCCGCCGCCGGCAAAACCGCGGUGUCGGACGGCGGGAGAGAGACGGCGACGUGCGACGUGACGGUGACGUCAUCGCCUGGCGAUUCGAGCGGGAGUGCCGAACCGGUCGAGAGAGAACCGAUGGCGGACCGGAAGAGGAAGGGAAGGGAACAUGAGGAAUCGGAGUUUCAGAGCGAGGAUGUUGAUUUUGAAUCUCCCGAAGCUAAAAAGCAAGUUCAUGGUUCUACAUCUACAAAGAGAUCUCGUGCUGCAGAAGUCCAUAAUCUCUCUGAGAGGCGCCGUCGAGAUAGAAUUAAUGAAAAGAUGAAAGCUUUGCAAGAACUUAUACCUAGGUGCAACAAGUCUGACAAAGCUUCAAUGCUGGAUGAAGCAAUUGAGUACUUGAAGUCACUGCAAUUACAAGUGCAGAUGAUGUCCAUGGGAUAUGGCAUGGUACCUAUGAUGUUUCCUGGAAUACAGCAGUAUAUGCCACCAAUGGGAAUGGGGAUUGGGAUGGGGAUGGGCAUGGAAAUGGGAAUGGGAAUGAACAGACCAGUAAUGCCAUUUACCAAUAUGUUAGCUAGUUCGACUUUGCCAGCAGCAACUGCGGCUGUUCAUUUGGGACCAAGGUUUCCUAUGCCUCCUUUCCAUAUGCCCCAUGUUGCUGCACCCGAUUCAUCCAGAAUGCAAGGAGCAAAUCACCCAGAUAAUAAUAUGCUUAACUCACUUGGUACACUAGAUCCAGAUCAAUCACGUAUCCCAAACUUCACUGAUCCUUAUCAACAGUACCUCGGUCUCCAACAGGCACAGUUACAAUUAAUGCAGACAAUGAACCAACAAAAUGUCAGCAAGCCUAGUAGCAGUAGAGGUCAAGAGAAUCCAGAAAAGCAUCAGUCAGACGAAACAUGAUUGGUUGAUAAUAUUUACAAUCUAGCGCUGACAAUUCAAAUGGUGCGGCUCACUAUUGGAUCGCUGGUACACUACCAGUAACUCUCACAUCAUCAGGGGAUUGUAAGUUAUUUUUAGUGAUAGUGCACAAAACAAGGAUAACUAUCAUUGACAAUGGAUCACUUGUGCACAUUUGCAGGUUAGCUUUUUUCCGGCAUCUAGACAAAAAAGCUGCUAAGUGGUGUAAUAUGCGAGAACUAGCUUUUUAGCAGUUCUCAGUAAACAAGCAAGCUAACAUGUAAAUUAUUUCCACCCUCGCAGUAUUUCUGUCCCCUUUCUUUUGCCCAGCACUUUUUACCCCACUUUAAAAAGUUCAUACUAUUUUAGAGAUUAUUUGUUAUGUGGCAAGUGCAGUUCUUUAUACAGUCUACAAUAAACGUAGAAGAUCCUUUCUGUUUAGUCUUGGACUGGAUUCAGAUUCAUGUUCUGCUCCCUAUUAUUUGCAGUUGUACUAUCAUUUUUUUACUGCUAGAUAUUAUAACAGUAAAAUAUGGAUGGUGAUUAUUUAUAAAGAAAAAAAAAAA